AUGGCGUCCCAGCUGGAUUGCGAGGCCAGAACUAUUGUCCUAGUAGAGUUUAUUCCUGAUGAGCUGGACAGACAGAGAGUCCAAGAGCUUUUUUCUGAAAUUGUACCAGUAGAAAGUACGAUUUUAAUGAGAUCCCGAACAUCUGCAAAAUACGGUCUUGUAUUUUUCUAUCAGCCUCAGGAUGCUCUUACUGCUGUUGAACACUUUGAAGGAUAUGAAAUUCUAGGGAGGACACUCAGAGUGUCACUUGCACAAUAUGAUAAAGAAGCAAUUGAAAAGAGUCAAAACGUUGAUGAAAACAGGACUAAUAUUAUAGUAAACUAUCUACCACAAUCUGUGACUCGGAAUGAAAUGUACUCACUUUUCUCUACCUGUGGAGAAUCGCCGCAAUGCAAACUUAUGGUAAAUAUUUGUACGGGAACUUCACGAUGCUACGGAUUUGUUAAGUACCAUUUGCCAGAAGAGGCUGCAAAAGCCAUAAAUCUAUUCGAUGGACUCAAAAUACAAAAUAAAAUACUCAGGGUCUCCUAUGCAAGACCUUGUUCCGAACAAACUAGAGGAACUAAUCUAUAUGUAAAUAACCUCCCAGAGGAUGUUACCGAGGAAGAUGUACGGGUAUUAUUCAGACCAUAUGGUCAAAUAAUCAAUUGUCGCAUUAUUGGCGAGAAGUCAACUAGGCACCAAGUUGUUCCCGAUACUGCAGAAAAUUCACCUCCAAUUUCAAAGCGCGUGGCCUUUGUCAUAUAUAAUCAACGCUCCCAAGCUAAAACAGCCAUUAGCAUGCUGAAUGGAGUUUUUUAUCAAGGAAAUUUUCUUGGCGUUAAAUUUGCCAAACUGGAUUACUUAAGAACCGGCUACCAAAAUUUAACCUACUCUUUUGGCUACAUCUUCUCUAUAAUCCAAAACUAUGCUUGGUAUAUGGUAUUUGGAGGCCUGGCCUUUUAUUACAUCUACACAAAAUUCCUGAGGACCAUAUUAGAAUCGACGUUUUUAAGUUAUGAAAAUUAUAAAAAGCAAAAAGAGGAACAGGAAUAUGCAGCCAAAUAUCACAAAAAUCCUGACCUUUUUUCGGCAAGAGUCUCUGCUCAGCAAAAUCGUGCUCAAAAACUACAGGAGCAAUAUGAUCAGGAGGCACGAGAACAUCAAGCGAAAUUGAAAGAGAAUAUAAUCCUCUCAUGGAACCUGGAACUUCCUCCAAUUAUAGGCCACCUAAAAGGAGCAAGUGCGGAGGAGGAGGAUGUGGCAAAUAAAUAUGUAUUUCUAUUAAAUUCUUAAUUUUAUUUAAUUAUUGUAUAACUAUAAUUUAGGAAAAUAGUUAAAAAAAUUAUACUUAACUAGUUUUAAGAUAAAUCAUUAAUAAUUACUCACACAAAAAAAAAUACAAACAUCAGCCUAAAGUAGCCCUUGUCUUUUCAAAUCCUCAUACGUUUUCCUGUUCACUACAUUACCCUGAGAAUCUUCAUAUUCUUCUUCAGUUUCUGGCUGCCAACGUUCGCUCUGUUUCUGAACCUUUAGCUUUUCCCACACUAAAAACGCACAAAAUAAACUAUUGCCGAAUAAUUGCAAAUCAAAAUAAAUUCUUACAUGCUAAGGCAUCCUCAAUUUGUGUCACAUUGGCAAAAUGAGCUGUGUUGGGUAUACCCAAACAUCUCAUACCAUGAGCAUGUCUCCAUUCGGCAAAAUGUCUUUGGAAUGCUUUGGGGCCUUUGUAAACAAAAUUACCACAAAUUUCGCAGUUGUAGCUGAUGUUCAGGCCGUGUAGUUUAUAUAACCAAUAAGGAAUAGGCUAAAAAAUAUUAAUUAGUAGCUGGAAAGGCAUUUACAAAUUUUUACUUUUCCGUCCCAUCCCAGGGGUAAAUUUUUGGGAUUAUAUGGUACAUCAUCGUCAUUUUCAUCACCACUUUCGUCUUCAGAUUCCUCAUUUUCACUGUCAUCCCUUUCGCCAUCGGUUCUGGCUUGUUUCCGUUGGACGUUUUCUUUAGUUGCUACUCGUUGGUCACUAACUAUCUCAGAAAGUCUAAAAAAAAUCAUAAGUGAUAAAUUUUCAGCUAGAAACCAAUUUGUGCCUUUACUUGUAAAUUUGAGCUUCCAUCAUAGCCAAAUCUCUUUGUCUCAACAAUUCUUUUUCUUUGCUUGCCUUUCCUUUAGUUGUUUUAGUCAUUAAGGCAGGAUCCAGUGAGCUUUGACCUUUAGUUGAAAACAGUCUUUGUGCUCUUUCUUCUAAAGUCCUAAAUAAAACAUUAAAAACAUUAACAAAAAUGUAAGUAAAACAAAAGAAUUCUUACCCUCCACAUUUGAGCCCCAGCGCCAUCAAAGCAGAUUUCAAUCUAUCUAGUCCGAGUGAAGCUAAUUCUUCCCAACUAGAAAAUGCAGACAAGUCUAAAUGAGCUCCAACAUUAGCCAAAGCAGACCCUGCUUCUUUCUAGAAAAAAGAUAAUAUACAAAACCACAAAGUUUAAUUGAAAAAAUCCUUACUGGCCAUCCAGGACAAGAAUCCGUUUCCCAUUCUAUAGCAGCCUUUCUAGCUUCGUCAUCUAAAAGAAUGUCCAAAUGCAAUAAAGGUUUUAUUCUUUGGAUAAACCAACAUAGAUAUUCUAUGAGACAAUUUAAGUAUUUUCGGUAUUCGCCUGUUUUUCUUUCUUUGGGUAUGUCGUAGAGCUGAUCAAACAUACUCAGGUAACUGAUGUAAUCAAC